AUGGCCCUGGCCAACCUCACGACGGCCCCAGAAUUCCUCCUCCUCGGCCUGGUGGAUGGAACAGACAUCCACCCGCUGCUCUUCCUGCUCUUCCUCGGCGUCUACCUGCUCAAUGCCCUGGGCAACCUGGCCAUGGUGGUGGUGGUGAGGUCGGAUGGGGCCCUCCGCUCCCCCAUGUACUAUUUCCUGGGUCACCUGAGCCUCGUGGACGUCUGCUUUACCACUGUCACCGUCCCCAGACUGCUGGCCGGCUUGCUCCACCCGCGCCAGGCCGUGUCCUUCCAGGGAUGUUUUUCCCAGAUGUACUUCUUCGUGGCUCUGGGCAUCACCGAGAGCUACCUGCUGGCAGCCAUGUCCUACGACCGCGCGGUGGCCGUCUGCCGCCCCCUGCACUACUGCGCGGUCAUGACGCCCCGGCGCUGCGCCGCGCUGGUGACCACGUCCUGGGCCGUGGCCCACCUGCACUCGCUGCUGCACACGCUGCUCAUCUCGGCGCUCUCCUACCCGUGCCCCGCCCCUGUGCGCCACUUCUUCUGUGACAUGACGGUGAUGCUGAGCUUGGCGACCUCGGACACGGCGACCGCGGAGGCUGCCAUCUUCUCCGAGGGCCUGGCCGUGGUGCUCACCCCGCUGCUCCUCGUGUCGCUGUCUUACGCGCGCAUCCUCGUCGCGGUGCUGGGAGUGCGGGCGGCCGGGGGCCGGCGCCGCGCCUUCGCCACCUGCGGGGCCCACCUGGUGGUGGUGUCGCUUUUCUUCGGCUCUGUCCUCUCCGUCUAUUUCCGGCCGUCCUCCGCCUACUCAGCCCGCUAUGACCGCCUGGCCAGCGUGGUCUAUGCUGUGCUCACACCGACCUUGAACCCUUUCAUCUACAGCCUUCGCAACAAGGAGGUCAAGGGCGCCCUGAAAAGGGGGCUCAGAUGGAGGGCUGCACCCCAAGAGGUGUGA